CAACAGCAGGAGCGAAUGGAGAAGGAGCAGCAUGAACAGGUGGUGGAGGAGGAGGAGGAGGAGGAGGAGGAGGAGGAGGAGGAGGAGGAGGAGGAGGAGGAGGAGGAGGAGGAGGAGGAGGAGAAGAAGGAGGAACAGGCACAUCAGCAACAAGAGAAGAAGCAGCGGCAGGGGCAGCAGCAGCAGCAUGAAAGGGAAUUGGGAAGCACAAAACAUUUCCAACAGGUGCGUGAGGGAGACAGAAAGCAACAGAACCAGCAGGAGAAACAGGGAAUGGAGCAGGAGCAGGAGCAAAAGGAGGAGGACAACGAGGAGCAGGAGCAGGAGGAGGAAGAGCAGGAGCUGGAGGAGCAGGCUCAGGAGAAGAAGCGGAAGCAGCAGAGAGACGCAGUGGCAGUGGGGAUAGUUGGCAUGAUCAAGCAUCUCGCAGUGGCUUCUGCCAGCCUGCUGCCUCCCCACCAGCAGCGCAGUGCACUCCUACCCUUGCUCCCCCUGUUGCCAAACCUGCAGGUUGCGUCAACUCUGCCGAGGCAGGCUUGGCCGAGCCAAGCUUUGCCAAGCCAGGGAGUGACGAAUGAAGGGAGUAAGGAAGGUUCGGAUCCGAUGGCUUGGGGACAGGAAGCAGGUAAGUAUGAGGAGCGGAUGAGUGAGGGAAAUGAGAGAGAUAGCCACAGCAUGGAUGAAGAGAAAGAAGAGGAAGAGGAGGGAGGUGCUGGGGGGGAUCAUGAUGAUGAUGAUGAUGAUGAUGAUGAUGAUGAUGAUGAUGAUGAUGAUGAUGAUGAUGAUGAUGAUGAUGAUGAUGAUGAUGAUGAUGAUGAUGAUGAUGAUGAUGAUGAUGAUGAUGAUGAUGAUGAUGAGGAUCAUGAUGAGGAGGAGGAUAUGGAGGAGAAAGAGGAAGAGGAAGAGGAAGAGGAGGAGGAAGACGAAGAGGAAGCGGAAGAGGAAGAAAACGAGGAGGACGAGGAGGAGCAGGAUAGGCUGCAGGAGAGGGAAGGACUGGAAGUGGGAGGAGGAGGGUGCAAGGAGGUGAAUCCAUGGUCCGAAGACCCAGAUACAGGCCAUUCAAGAGCCAAAGAACGACUAAAAACUCCCCAAACAAGGCCGGAGUGUGGCGAGUCUGCUGAUGUGGGUAGCUUGGCAAGGGAAACCGGGCAGAAGCGCAAGCAGCGUGAUGGGGAGCAGCGCGACGGGGAGCAGCACGAUGGGGAGCAGCAGGACGGGGAGGUGACCCCUCGCAAGCGCAAGAAGCCGAAGCAGCUGCUGCUGCAGCUACAGGCAGCUCUGCAAGAGAGCAUGGUGCAGGAAGGGGAAGAGUUUGUUGCUCUGCCUCUCCCUGCUCUGAAUCUCCCUGAUCUGCCUCUCCCUGCUCUGCCUCUCCCUGCUCUGCCUCUCGCUGCUCUGCCUCUCCUUGCUCUCCUCCUACCUGUGCCAGUCCCGACCAUCUCUGUAUUUCAGGGUGUCAAUUCUACUCCUGAUGUUGUUGUCGCUCUGCUCCUCCAUGCUCUGCUCAUCCCACCUGUGCGUUGCUCCUCCCCCACGACAUUCACGUGCCCUGACCCAGGCUGCCAGCACAACGAGCAGCACCCGCGCUUCCGUCCACUCAAGUCCCUAGCCUCGCUGCACACCCACCACCUCCGCGUGCAUGGUGACAAGCCUUUCACAUGCUCCCGCUGCCAGGUCAAGUCCUUCGGCAUCCAAUCCGACCUGCGAUCCCACGAGAAGCAGUGCGGUGUAAAGCGGUGGCACUGCUCCUGCGGGAACUCCUUCAGCAGAAAGGACAAACUAGCCAACCACCUCAACACAUUCACAGACCACUCGCCUCUCUUCAACCUCCAGCCAGUGGACGUCCCGAUUCAGCCCAAGCAGAAGCCGCAGUUAAAAAAACAGCCUCAGGUUCAGGCGAGGCAGCUAGAAACACAGACGAAGCAACUUCAGGCGCAGACAGAAGAGCUUGAGGCACACACGAAACAGAUGGAGGCGCAGACCAAGCAGCUAGAGGCCCCUCUGAACGCCAGCCACGUGAACGAGGCAGUCACGUACCAGUCCCCUGCUGGUUACUUGGGAAUUCUUGAGUCGACUCAAGGGCAGUCUCCUGUCAGUCACCUGGCGCACUCUGCUAGCCAUGCUUCUGAGGGUAAUCAUCCUUGGGGGCAAAACGCUGCGGAGAUAAAUGCAUCGGGGAGAAAUGCAAUGGAGGGAAAUGGCUCAGAAGGGAAGGAGGCCAGGAGUGGGUACGUGUCGCUGCUUCUGCAGGGGGGCGUUGGGUUGGUUCAAGAGAGCCGCUUGCAAGCAGAGAGUUCCGAAGCAGGCCAACAGUUUCAGCAGUUUCAGCAGCAUCAUCAGACCCAACUGUAUCAGCAGGCACAACUGGUCAACGAGACACACACUUCCCCUGCUCUCGCCACCCUGCCAAUAGACUCGCCUCUGCCACCCCUGCAAGCACCCACGCCUCUGCCACUCCUGGACGCACCCAUGCUCGUGGAACAAGGUGCUCUACCCUUGCAGCAGCAGCACCCUUCCCUAUCCUUGCAGCAGCAGCACCCCUACCUACCCUUGCAGCAGCAGCACCCCUCCCUGCCCUUGCAGCAGCAGCAACCCCCCCAAUCCUUGCAGCAGCAGCACCCCUCCCUGCCCUUGCAGCAGCAACAGCACCCCUCCCUACCCUUGCAGCAGCAGCAACACCCCUCCCUCCCCCCACAGCCAGCAAACGUGCCUUGGUCUCUGCCAGCCCAGUUCUCCACACAGCCUGUAAAGUCAACAGAGUCAACAGGGGCAGUGCGAGAGACAACAGCUUCAGAACAGCCUGCUCAACCGCCUCACCCCCAUCCACUCACCCAAUGCCCACCACUCAACCCACCGCUCGCCCCUCCAAUCGCCCCACCGCUCGCUCCUCCGCAUACCCUUCUACGUGCCUCACCAGUUGCCCCUCCAGUCCCUUCAGUGCUCCCUCCUAUUCUCCAUCCACUUGCCCCUUCGGUUUUUCCUCCUAUCAAGCCUUCCCAACCCCAGGCACAGGCUCGGCCCGGGGCUGAUCCACAGCAGUGGCAGCAGCAACCGCAGCAGCAGAAAGCACAACGGUACCACCAGCAACCUCCGCAGCAGCAGCAACAGCAGCAGCACCAGCAGCACCAGCAGCAGCAGCAGCAGCAACAGCAGCAGCAGCAGCAGCAGCAGCAGCAGCAGCAGCAGCAGCAGCAGCAGCAGCAGCAGCAGCAGGAGCCUGCCAACCCCCCACCACAGCCUCCCAACCCCCCAUCACAACCUCCCAAACCCCCACCACAACCUCCCAACCCCCCACCACAACCUGCUAACCCCCCAUCACAGCCUGCCAACCCCCCAUCACAACCUCCCAACCCCUCAUAA